AUUGGUUUUGGGCCUUAGCAACAAUCCGCCAUAUUUUUUUUCUAAGUCUAGCAGAACCGACGCGUCUUAGCAGACAUUUAUUCACUUAAGUGUCAGAUUCAACAUAAAGCUUGGGCAUGUUUCAAUAUUACUUACCGCCGGCAUAAUGUCUGACUUUUCAGACGUCUUCUGAAGGUUGUUUUGAGUGGAUUGCGGUGCCCCCGGCCAGCGUAGGUAAGGCUUCAACAAGGAGGAAUUUCAUUGGAUAACUCACGGGCUGUGCAGGCAGUAUAAAGACACGCCAUUACACCCACUGUUAGAGAAGGGGUGUACCAGUGUUUCUAACGUGAAAGCGCUUUAUUGAGUCCGCAGGAGGUCCAUGCUCGACAGGUUUCAGGGUUGUUUAAUUUCGGCAAAGACAGCGGUAAUGCUGUAUUCUGCAUUAACUAUGCGCUAUAACGCAGUAAUCUUCAUACUGUCCCAACCUGUGUCUAUUUUAUCAGACAGGUAACAAUGUCUGUCUCACCAGCCUCGGUGUGCCUCAAUAAACUCCCCCAAUAACCCAAUUUAAGGUGCUUCAUAUUUCUCUUGUUAAAGGGUUUAUUCCUGUUAAAUGUAAUUAAUGUUGUUGUUGCUGUUGUUUUCCUUAGAGCAAGGCCUUCCCUGCAGUUCAUUGUAACUCCAACAAAAUUCAAGCAUGAACAAUAAACCCAUCUUUUACUGUUGGACCUAUUAGCUCCAGGUCUUUUGGAGAGAUGGAGAAAGUGGGGGAGAUGGAAGGAGAGAAAGUGACUGAAGAUAUGGAGGUGACAACCCCAAAAAAGCGGAAGAGUAAGGAUCAAGAAGACAGUGCUGAGAGACCAAAGAAGCCCAGGUACAUGGCCCUAAGGAUGCUCUCCCUAUGGCCCGCUGCUGCUAAAGUGUGUCUCCUCCUCAUAUACUGAUUUCGAAUCCAAAUUCUGUGUUUUAGGUCUGCCUACCUGCUGUACUAUUUCGACGUUCAUCAGAUUCUGCAACAGGAAAUACCAAAUCUGCCACAGUCAGAGAUCAACAAACGCAUCAGUGAAAGCUGGAAAAGGCUCAACGUCGCUGAAAAGGCCUACUAUCUUGAAAAGGCCAAGUCCCAGAAGGAGGGCUUAGACACAGUAAGAGACUUCAUUAACAUUUCUCUUCAUGGAAACUAGUUCACCUGAGCAUCGAUAGAGAUCAAAAAUCCACUGAUACUUCUGACAAACCUCGGAGUACAUUUCUGAAGGAGAAUUUAAGCUGCAAAAUUAUUUCUAUGUAAAUCUUUCCAUGUAAAGAGGGUUAAGAGACACUUGCUUGUUAUCAGUGUAACCUGAAUUAUGUCCGAUGGCAAGUGAACAUCUGUCACAACUGACUUGAAAUGACUCAAAGAUUAUUGAUUACUUAAAUUAUCGGAAAGUACAAAGCUCACAGGUUGAGUGAAUAAACUUAAUGUGGCUUUCUAUUUGUGUGAUGAAUAACAGUAGUGAUAUAAAUUUCUAUUGAAACAGAAGUAUCAGUAGUAGCAAACAGAUGAUGACGUUGACCAGCCCACACAAGCCAAGCAAAAGGUUUGCUCAUGAGGAAAUGUGUUAUUUGCUAUUAAGUACAACAGAGACUUCACCCAGGUAGACAUUUUGAUUGAUCUUUGUUUCAAUGAAAACAUUUGGCUGAUGUAACUACUAACUGAGCCAGAAUGAAGGGAUCCAUUUGUAUCAGGUGUUGCUACAGAUAUAACAAAUCCACCGUACUCUUCUGCUUUAUCAGCAGUGGCCUAAUGCACUGAGCUCUGUAGUUGUGUGUCAAAAUGAUUCUAUAUGGAGGAAUAAUUUUCUUGAACAUUUUUUUUCUGUCAGUUGUCUCUCAGUCCCUCCAAAGAUCUCCCAGGCUUCCGCAAAAUCCUCCCCAGAGCCAGUUAUUUCCUGUUGUCCAAAGGCUGCUCCCUGAAUCAGCAGGUGGGAGGGUCUCAACCAGAGGUGAGCGUGGACUCUCUGGACUCUUCGGUAGAAGGGUUUCUGCCUUCUGUCUCUCUCAGCCAAGGAUCCCAGUUCACAGCUCUUCAGCUGACUGCAGAGGAGGAACUUUCCAAUCACACCAUCAAUGAGACAGAAGAGGGUUCAGCUCCUCAAGAAAUCCUGACUUCUUCCUUCUCCUCUGGCUUGUCCAGAGCUCCUGUCUCUCAGGGAUCUUCUGGUUUUAGUUUUGGAGGGCCUUUGGUGCAACAGAUACAGGGGGAAUCUACACAGAUGGUUGCAUUCAUACCCACCCAGGUGAGUAGCAAAUUUCUUCCUUCCUCUCAAUUGGAUUGUGUUGCAUUUUUGAAGGAUAUAUUAGUGCAUGAAAGGGAAACACAACUCAGCAUUACCGUUACAUAAAAGUGUUUUAGCUUAUGAAUUGGAGUGACUUGUCUAUCACUGCAGAACAUGCUGGAGCCCAAGUCUUUGGCAGCUGUCAGCUCUGUGGGCCCGAUAAUGAUGGUCUCUGUGGGAGCCAGCAUUGAACAAAGUGCCAAACCUUCAUAUAAAAUGGUAAGCACCCACGUAGUUUAUUCUUUUAAAUGCCAGCAGCAAUAGUGGUGAAGCUGAAGCCUGUACACAAAAGUAGAAACUCUUGAAAGUCAUUGUUAAGACUAAAGAAGUUUGACAUUAGGUCAGGUUGAAGACACAAUCUUCCAUUUGUCUUUUUUUUUUGCAGUCAGUGAAAACGUAUACAAGGAGGGGUCGAGGGAAAUGUCUAAAUCCUGGGUGUUCAUUUGUGUACGUCACUCGCCACAAGCCCCCAAUGUGCCCUGAAUGUGGGAGCCACUUGGGCGGAAAAUGGAUACCAACUGUAAGUAUUGAUAGGGUGCCGGUAAUUUUCAAUUUUUCAUGAAUAUUCAAUAAUUUCUGUUAAAGUUUUAACAUAUGUUUCAAGUUGAGGACUUUACUACUUUUGUAUAUCAGGCGAAGAAGACUCAAGCGAAAGAUGCAGUAUCCAAGUUAAAAGAAAGCUCACAGAAAGCUGAGAGCUGCUCCCCUUCACCUCAGCCUGCUAAAGAGGGGGAUUCAGAUGUUGCUAAAACAAACACAAGUGGAAGUAAAAAAGAUGGAGGAGUUCGACGGUGUUUCAGAAAGCAGACUGCAGUUCCGGGUGAGAAGCCAGCAGAGGGCAGCAGCAGCAAGGAGCGGGAACAAUCAAAGUGAGUAUUCAUGAAGAUACAGUCAUGGCCUUAAAAUGGAUAUAAAGCAUGUUUUGUUUGCCACAUGUAAUCAUGCAGCCAUAUGUCACCAUCUAGACAGUGAUUCAAUAACUGAACCUUUUUGCAGAUCAGUGCUUCUUUUAACUGCUUUAGGUGUAGAUGCAAGUUGAGCUACAUGCAUGUAUGAUGAAUACAGAUUUGUAAUAUUACAUAUUUUUACAAACAUUUUGAACAGUAGAAACAGUAGCAUUGUUUUAAGCACAAAUCUUCAUAAUUGUGAAUUUAUUUCUUGACAUAUAUUCUCUCUGUCACCAAGCAGACAGCUGAGAGACAGCAUCAAGCGCCGGGUAACACCAAGUCAAGAUCGAGGCAAUGUCAUGAUUCAGAAGAGGCCUGUGAGACCCAUCCUUCCUGCCUAUAACACAGGUAAGAGUUGUUGUUGAAGAGUUGAAAGAAGUUGUUAACAUAUUGAUUCAUUUGUUGGCUUUUGUUUGUGUCUCCAGGCCGAACUAUGUUCCAGAUCAUAACUGUCCCAUCUGACAAAGAAAAACUUCAGAGUGCCAACUACAAUAAACCAUCCGCUGGUACGUGAUUGUAUUUUACAUCUAUUACAUGAAAAUGUUGUAAUUUGAAUUUCUUUAUGAGUCUGCUCACUUCUGUUUGCAUUUGCAGACGAGUUGUGUAUUGAUGUGUAUGAACAGGGGGCUCUGAGGUUUUUGCUCUUAUUUGAUGUGGUCAUUUUCUUACCACAGUGCCUCGAGAGACUUUCUCAGGUCUCAAACCUAGCACUUUAAAGCAACUCGGACAGACUGUUCCUGCAGCUAAGCAGGUGAAAAUCACACACACAAAACAACAAAUACAAAGAAAAAUGCAAUGAUAGAUAGAAACUACACUAACCUCACUUUUUUUCACAGGAAUCCUCCGUCUCACCAGACGGUGACCAGUCUGUGUCUCUAUCCUCUGACAAAAGAGUUAAUAUCCUGUCAGUUGUGCCUUUCAAACAGCAGACCAUCUCCAGCUUUGUCAGUAUACCACUGCUGUUUGUGCAACUUUUAAUCUACUUGUUCAUCUUUCUGGGUGUCUCUUGUUUCUUAAUUUGUUGACUAUUCUUGCUCCUCUUGACUUUUUAAGGAUUUGGGGCUGUCCACAGCACGGGGAAGGGGUCGAUGUAAGAAUCCGUCCUGUGACUACAUGUAUAAAAACAGACAUAAGCCUGCAGUCUGCCCUAAAUGUGGCUGUGAGCUCAACCAGAAGAACAUCAAAGAGAAAAAGGUGAAAGCUUACGUUCUUGGUCUCUAUUUGAGUGCAGAAAACAGAAGAUUAGUUUGAAGCUGCCUCUUGACCCCUUUACGAACCUCAUCUCAACUAUGGAUCACCAAGCAGUUCAUUUCAAGCACUACAUUUCAUAGGAUGGAUGUCUUUUGUCCCUAUAGAUUAUCUGAUAAUAAGAGCUAACCAAAAACUUACAAAACUUCUUUUCUUAGUCUGGGACCCUGCUCAAUCCAUACCAGCCCCUGAGUCCUGCUCAGAAGGACCUCCAGCGCCAAAAUACCGUACAGCUUCUGCAGCGCUUCCUGCAGAUUCCAGAGAGUGAGACAGAGCUCCAAGAAACCAUGAACCUCAUCCAGGAGCUAAACAGCCUCCAAAUCGUCUUGGUCCAACCAGGAAACCAAGGGCAGGGGAGCAGUGUAGAGACGGAGACUCUGGUGGAGUCUGGGUGGCCUCAGUUUUAUGAAUCUGCAGCUACCCACUGUGGCCUGUGUAACUAUCCACUCUUUAAAGGAAGUCAGAGGUGAGUGAAAAGAGACACUCCUGUUUCAAGCAUGUGUUUCUCACUAAUGUAUUUGUGCCUGUGAACAUUUGUGUGUCGGUGCAUCCUAGCUCUGUUGCAGGACAAGAGGUAUGCUGGCUGCUUACUGAGACACUGAUGCAAACAGCCUCCCUGCAACUCAAAGUGUGUCUCAAUGUCCAGUGUCUGGCUCUGCACAGCUUCACUGACCUGCAUCCAGGUAAACAACAUCAUUAUCUGCAACUUGUUCAUCAGAUACAGAAAGUGUUGAUCACCCAAUCUGGGCAGAUUUUCCAUGCUCUUUGGAGAAUUUUUUCCUUUUUUUUCCACCAAGAAUGUGAAUUAUCGGUGCUGAAAUGGCAUGUUUGAUAUACAACAGAUAGCACUUUUUCUCUAUGUUAAAAUAUCCACUUUCACCUUCUCUUAAACCAGUGGUUCUCAAUCCAGUCCUCGAGGCCCUCUGUCCUGCAUGUUUUGGAUGUUUCCCUGCUCCAACACACCUGAUUCAAAUGAUCAUCUCGUUAUCAAGCUCUGUAAUGGCUUUAUAACGAGCUGAUCAUUUGAAUCAGGUGUGUUGGAGCAGGGACACAUCCAGAACAUGCAGGACAGAGGGGGCUCGAGGACUGGAUUGAGAACCACUGUCUUAACCCUGUAAGACCCAGUGUUACUAAUUGAUCCCAUAUUUUUUUUUCAACAUGUUUGCAAAAAAUGUUUCAAUCAAACCAGCUGGAAUUUCAUUAAUAUAAAGAUCAAGAACAAGGCUGCAUCAAGAGCGGUGUGCCCCACCUCCACUUUUUAUUUUAUUUUGUAGGUUUUUUUUUUGUUUGUUUUUUUGUUUUUGUUUUUAAUUUUUUUUAUUUCUAUUUACCUUUGCUGUUUAUGUAAAAGAAAAAAGCAAAUAAAUAAAAAGUUAAAAAAAAUAUAUAUAUAUAUAUAAAGAUCAGAAGGUGUUUUUGAUGUAAAAGAAAUGAGAAAUGCAAAUAUUGUCACCCAGUUUCUCCACUAUUUAAUUGCUUAGUAUACAGUAUAACAUAGUAACCAGAUACAUGCUGGCCCUCCUCAUUUGGUUUUGUUAUCCUUGUGGGCAGAACACUGUAAUAAAACUCCACUAUUAUGUUUGAGUCAUGAUUCUGGCAGCAAUAAUCAGCCAUAAUUUACUAAGUGCACACAAGUUGCUUUUUUCAAUAUUUGGCGUAUUGUUUUACCAGCCUUUUCUUUUGUCAUUUAUGUUUACUGAAAGGUUUGUUCAACAUCGGGAACAGACUGCUGGUUAGUAUUGAUCUGUUCCUGAAAAUCAGGGCAAGUAUCAAAAUGGGCAAACCCCCAUCUGAAGCAGCCAGGACUAUACUAGACCAGAUCCCAAAUCACGCAGGUAAACACUGAAUUCAACUCCAUAUUGAGUGAAUCUGCUUUGUUUGCUGUCCUCUGUGUCAUAGAUAAUUCUAACCUUUUUUUUUCUGCAUCAGUCCACACUCUGAGUCCAGAGGAGUUAUCUCAGAUUCAAGAGCUUCUUCUGAGUGGAUACUGGGCCUUUGAGUGUCUUACAGUGCGAGAUUAUAAUGAUAUGAUCUGCGGCAUUUGUGGUGUUGCUCCCAAACUGGAGGUCGCUCAGCGAUACACAAAGAAUGUGCUGGAGUUGAAGAAUGUGGAGGUGAAAGAUUACGUCUUAUAAUUAAAGUCAACAAAAUUUUGGUGUUGUGACGACACUCUGUGUUGACCUUUCCACACCUUUUUGUUGUGUCCACAGUUCACCUGGCCUGAGUUCUCAGUGUCAGAUGAGGUCCACGUGGAUGACUUCUGGCUAACCAUGGAAAGUGAGGCCAUUGAGCAGGCAGCUUUUCCUACUGACAUCCCCAUCACACGGGUGGAUGCUUCUAUCAUCGCUCCCUUCAUCCCACCCUUGAUGAGGAGUACUACUGUGAUCAACACGGAGAAAGACAAGGUCCAGUCACCUGCGCAGCAGCCUGCAGGUGCCUCACUCUUUCAAACUUCUGCUGAAUUCAACCACUUACACACAUUAAUCCUCUGAUGGAAAAAAAAUCAGUUGACAAACACUCUGUAUUCAGAAUGUAGGAAAAAGGGAGAAAAUAGGUUUAUAUAUACAGUAUAUCUGUGUAAAUUAUAUUGGUUGAUACUAUAGAGACAGAGGUGGAAAAAUAUGAUAAUUUUGAAUGAUGUCAUUCAAAGUUUAAGGUUUUAAUAUUUUAAUUUUGACAUUAAUGUUUUAUGUUUAUUCAUUUUCCGGCGAUCUACGUGAGAAUCUUUGUUCGGGAUUUGUUUUUUUUUUUGUUUUUUUUUUUAAUUUAACAACAAAACAGUGACAACAACAACAACAACAAAAAGAUAAAAAAUAAAAAAUUUACAAAAAUACUUUUGUGAGGGAGAGGAGGGGGAAAGAAUUUAUAUAAUAUGUAAUAGAGAAUUUAACAAGAAAAGAAAAAAAAAUCUUAAUUGGAUUACAUUGUUCGGGAUUUUUAGAUAUGCCUAAUUUAUAAUGAGUGUAUUUUGUAGUAGAAUUUGAAAACCCAUAAAGCUUGUUUUUUAACCUCUCCGUAGGUGAUCCAUCAGUUCUGGUGCGUCUCAUUCAUGAUGGUCAGCUGAGACUCGACAAGAUUGAGGAUCAUAAUGAGGACGAGCUCAGAACAAUGCUGAACUGCUGCGGGGCCAGCAUUGCUCCAGGCACCUCUAAGGUGUGUCUGUGUGUGUGCCUGUGUGUUUGAGUGUGUGUGAGUGUUAGUUUGUGCUUGCUGUUUUUUUUUUUUAGUGUGGGAGAGCAAAAGAAACACAGAGUGUCUCUGUGCUCAUUGUGCUCACAUGAUUUUGCAGUUGAGUUUUAAUGACCGGAAGUUAACACGUGGACUGUGAAAUACAACCUAGAAAACACAUCUUAGAGUUUGAGUGAAUGUGCUAAUCAUGUGAUAAGUUUACGGUCUAAAUAGUGGGACCCCCUCCCCUUAUACCCAAACACACACUCACUCACUCAGGCCACGUCUGGAAAGUGUGUUGCUUAAGGGCAAGCUGUCAAGGCAGCUUGGAUUUGAUUAAAAUGUGAUUUUUUUUUUUCCUAAAAUUGUGUUCAUCUGAUAACACCGCUCUAAACACAUCAGUGCUGGAGUGUUUUAAUCAAAGCCUCCCCUGUCUCUACCCAACAGAACGAGCUGCUGGCUUCUCUCAUCUCCUUGUACUCAGUCGUCCACAAUGGCCUCUCAACCGCCCCUCAGCCCCCUCCUCAAUUUACUGCCGGCAAGCUGUCCAAGGUCUGCCCUCACAAGGUACGAGCCCUGUCAUUCCUCAAUCAAGACAUCCAGUUAGAUGUUAAAUAAAUAAAACCUUAAAAGUUUUUCCUUUUAAAAAGAUAAGCUAACAAAUCUCAAACUAUGAAAAAAGCAACAUGACAUGAGUGUUUAUGUAAAGAUGAAUUGAAAUGCUGUAAAACAAAGAUUUUGUCUAUUAUCAAUGUCCAGGUGGUGUGCUGCUCAAAGUACUUAGUGAGAGGGGAGACAGCUCGAGACCAUGUUGACCUGCUCCUGUCCUCCCGCCACUGGCCCCCUGUCUAUGUCAGCGACUGCUCACGUCAGGUGGCGCUCUGUGCUGACAUGCAGUACCCAGAACUGGCAACCCAGAUGUGGGGAAGGAACCAGGGCUGCUUCUCUGACCCUUUAGAAAAGGCGGAGGUGAGUGAUUGAAAUAUCUGAUUAGAUCAAAAGAACUCAAAGGUUUGUUAGUUUUUGUUUCUGUGCUUGACUACCUCUCACCCUCAUCCCAUAGUUUGUGUCAUGCCCUGAACUGCAAGAGCAGCCGUACAACGCCAACCUGUCAUUGGCUGCAGAGAACCUGCACGUCCACCCCAUAACCAAAUCGUCCAGUUGCUGGUUGGUUCACCCUCCUGGAGUUGCUAAGGAGCCUCCAGAGCACUACUCGAUGGCCCUCUGCAGAGACCUGGAGCCUUACAUCAGCCUGGUGGAUGAACUGGAGAAAGAGAAGCCACAUGCAGAGGGUGAGGAAGAAAUAGAGCAGAAGGAACAUACAGACGUGAACGACUCCUGUGAGAAAUCAGAGGAGUGUUCCUCAGUCAGUAAUUUAUGGCAGCAGCCUGUGGUUUUCAACAAUACUGCUUAUUACUACCUCUACAACCGCCUGGUGGAUUUCCUCACGAGCAGGGACAUUGUAAGUCAGCAGAUUAACCAGGUGGUGAAAGACUGCCAGCCUGGGGAGGUGGUGAUCAGAGACGCUCUGUACCGACUGGGAGUGGCACAGAUCAACACAGAGAGGAGAGAACAUGAAGGGAGUGGGACAGAGGGACAGACACAGCAGGAUGGGACGGAGACAUACGUCCUACUCCCUGAAUGAAAGUACACAUGAUGAAGUUUUCUGCAAUGAAGAAGAAUAAGAUGCAAUCACAGGUGUGCCCUGAAAUUAAAAAAAGAGAGAGAGAUAAGAAGAGACACGGUGCUUAUCUUUAUACUGUAAAUGAGGAAGCAGAAUAAGUAGGUUACUGUGUUGGAGGCUUCUUUACAUCUAAACUGAAGAGCCAGUCUGCCCAGCAGCUCACUCUUCAGUUAUACGGGGUUAUCAGUGAGGAAAUAGACAGAGUGAUUUGGAAAAAGGAGGUUAACUUUACAGAAAAUUUCUACAGAGAAGAAAAAAGAAGCAGAGGGGUAAAUUUUCUGACUAAAAAACAUCUUUGACUAAAAUGUAAUUUGUCAGCAUCAUUAACAACAGUAUCAGUGGUUGUUCUUGAGGUUUAUAGAAAAGGGCCCUAAAGCAGCAGACACUCUAACACACCCCUCAUUGUUAGUCUCCAAAUAAAGAUAUUUGCAUUUUCAUGUUAAGAGUCUGUAUUGUGGAAGCAGCAAAUGUUAUCCACUCAAUCCGCCGUCAUGUUAGUGUGUUUUUGAAGAAUGAAAUAGACCCCGCGCUGAGGGUCCAAUUCUGUUUUGAAUGAUCAGAUAUCAAUUAAAUUCAAACAAAUUUAUUUAUCUCUUGGCAGGAACUUUUUGUUUUAGAAAUGACUGGGAGCAUUUUUCAGAAAGUGAAAUACAUCUACACUGCUUUCAGUACACACAGGAUGGAGGUCUGACAAGUGGCGUGUUUUUCCCUCCUUGGAUCUGUCUACUGCUCUGACAUCGUUCUGCAGUUUUUAGGAUGUUUGAAGACAAAAGGACAGACACUGCUUCCCCCUGUACCAGCAGAACGGCUAACAUCAAUUAACCCCUGACCUACAACGUACUAAUUGCAUCUUCUCUGACACGCUAAAACAAGCUAACACACACACACAAUUUAAAAUUUGCCACCACCAAAGCAAAUAUGAAUCCCAGCCACAAAAACAGUAGACAAUCGACAAGCCUAGAGGCCAAAAGCAAUUUGAGUACAGCCUUUUCAUUCGCUGUUGUUUGGAAAACAGAAAUAAGUUCUCCUUGUACUCCCCUCCUUCAAGCACAGAUAUCCAAGUGUCUGUCUAAAUCUGGAGCCACCCGUAUCUAGCAGACAAAAAGAGUAAUGUGCAUAUCAUUUCAUUCAUAAAAGUGACCCCAAUGUCAUCUCAGGGUCCUUGUAAGAGGUGAAGUGGGUCACCCCACUUUCAGGGGUUUUUAGCAAAUAGGUGGUGACAUCUUGGCUGGUUCAAUGUGUGUUAUUCCUGACACAAUUAAGAUUGAUGAUUCACUUAAUACAACUUUAUGCCUUGUUACACAUCCAGUUUCCUCCGUCCACUUUAGACCAUGAACCCCAUAUGGUUGAACAAUAGUCUUGAAGAACAAAAAUAUUGUUUUAUGAACUGAAGGAUUAAAACAAUGUUUGAAUUUUUUAGCAGUCAAAAGGUGUUAGCUAGCCUUAAUGUAUAUAUUUACCUGCUGUAUGAAUUCUCCUGUUUGUCCAGAGACAUUUUCUGCUUUGACUUUUACAAUCUCACCUCUCAACCUGCCAUGCGAUGCCUUUUGGACUGAUGUUGGCUUUCAGAAAGUGAUGAUUAAAUGUGUAUCUGUGAAAUCCAA